GCUGGACGCGCGGCUGCAGAUCGGCGGUGACAACGCGGUGACGCUGCGCCUCGGUGCCACCAACGCGGGGGAAGGCGCCUUCGAGGCCGAGCUGUGGGUGCAGCUCCCGGACGGAGCCUUCUACCAGCGGGCGCUGAGCGACAGCGGGGAGAAGCUGAACUGCAACCCCCGGAGGGAGAACGGGACCCACGUGGUGGUGUGCGAGAUGGGCAACCCCAUGAAGGCGGGCACGCAGAUCACUGUGGCCAUGGAGCUGAGCGUCCCGGCGCUGGAGGACGCGGGCGAUGCCAUCACUUUCCACCUGCAGCUCAGGAGCAAGAACAGCCCCGGUGCCAGCGCGGCCGUCACCAUCCCCGUGGAAGCGCACGCGGAGAUGGAGCUGAGGGG